AUGGCCAACCUACCCGAGGCCAUGAGUUCCUCAGCGACCAUGCUUGAGCACGGUGUGUCACAUGAGACUACUCUAGCUCGGGAGGUUAUGAUUGCCAUGAUUGAAGGAUGUGGUGGAGGUGCUAUGCUUGCUAUGAUUGCCGAGACAGCUCUACCCGAAGCUAGUCAUGCAAGCAGUGUUACGGGUUUAGUGGGGACGAGUGCGGUAGCUGGUUUUCUCAGCACGCUCUUCGUUAAGUCCCUCGCGUGA